UGAACCUGCAAAUCAUGAUUUUCACAGUAAAAGCACUGUGGUGGUUGUAGCUUCAGACACCACAGGCGGGCUGGAGCAGGGACAGUGCACACCUGCAGCUUGUUGAGAGUCAGCUGCAGCUCAACAGUCUGGCUCCUCUGCAUGAACAACGUCAAGGACGUGACUCUACAACAUAGAUGAAGAACAUGGCUGGGAAUUCCGGAGCUCACCUGCCUGUCCUUGUUCCGGCCUGCAGCGCUCAGCAAAGGAGGAUCACCUACCUGGCUAUGAUCGCUAUUGUCCUCCAAGACGCUCCAGACCACAUGCUCACUUUUACUGAGAUGAUGGACAAGCUGGAACCAUUUGUGUAUGGAAACAGAAAAGCCUUUGAGAACAACAUCAGAGUCUGCUUAUCAGUGUACAAAUGUUUUGCAAAGAUUCCAAUGAGCUCAGAAAUUACAGUUUGCAAAAGACACUCCUGGAAGCUCGACCACAGUCAAAUCACAGCAAAGAUGGUGCGGCGCCACUUCAGAGGAAUCCUGCACCGGUUCCCUGAGCUGGCCUGCAGGGAGGGAACGGACAUGUGGAGCGGAGCAGCAGAGCCCUGCACAGCUCUCCACUCCCCUGAAGCUGCAGUUCAGAUCAGAUGUGAGGUGAAGUUCACCGGGCCUUUCUCCAUUGAAUCCCUCCUGAAGAGAGACAGUCCCUCUGCCGCCGCCUCCAAAGCCUCUCCUCCCUCCGGAGUGCCGGUCAGAGCCGAUCAGCCGCCUUGCUCUGCGGAGAGAGGAACUGGAACAAAGAGGAGCUUCAGCUGGGACUCUGCACCUGAGGAGCCUCUGCUUCUUCAAGCCUCAGGUGGACAUUACCCCGUCUGUACAACAGGGGGCAGCACAGGCCAUGAACUCAGUGCUGAUGGUACUGGUAAGCCCAACAUCAAGAGGAUGAACGUGUUUGCUGAGCCCUCAGUCCUGCUGUACACAAGACCCAGAGCUGCUCCUUAUUUCAGCAGCACACAGAGCUGUUACACCAAGUACCCUGUACACACAUUUACCCAUAAUGCUCACCGCUUUCUGUCAAACUGAUUAAUCUGUUUCCUACUUAUGCAUUGCACUUUUUUCAGAAAUGAAAAUAUUUUUUUUUUUUUAAACUCUGCUGGAAUGCUUUGAACUAGAACAAAGCCAAAUAACGCCUCAGAAGUCAUCUUUUUAAUUCCCUGUUUAUUGACUGACUGGUGACAAACAUUGCAGUUAAUCCAUUAUCAACCAUGCAAAUUUGCACAGUGUAAAACACCAUUAGGAGAAUUUUAUUUUGUUUUGAAGGUGUUUGGAAAAUGAAAAUAUUUUAAUUAGGGUGUUUUUUUGACUUGAGCUCAAGGUGAUUACUUAUUACAAGGGCAGCAUUAUUUUUCAUGCUCCUAUAUGUCACUGUAUCUUUCAUUGUAUCAAACUCAACUUGAAUAAAAGGUGAUGUUUGAGGUUUUUAAAAUUA